CUGUCCCCUGAGAGCGCCGAGGAGUACGUGCGGUACCUGGUGGGCGCGGGGCGGCUGGACGAGGCGGCGCAGCGCCUGGCUGUGCCCUGUCCCCAGGCCCGGGAUGUGUACGAGGAGGCGGUGCAGACGGUGGUGACCGUGCGGGACUUCACCCAGGUGUUCGACAGUUACGCGCAGUUCGAGGAGAGUCUGAUCGCGGCGCGGAUGGAGACGGCGGCCGAGCUGGGCCGGGGGGAGGACGAGGAGGGGCAGCUGGAGCUGCGCCUGGCGCGCUUCGGGGCGCUGAUGUCGCGGCGGCCGCUGCUGCUGAACAGCGUCCUGCUGCGCCAGAACCCGCACAACGUGCACGAGUGGCACAAGCGGGUGCAGCUCUACCAGGGCCGCCCCGAGCAGAUCAUCCAGACCUACACCGAGGCCGUGCGCACCGUGGACCCGCAGCGCGCGACGGGACGUCCCCACGGGCUCUGGGUGGCCUUCGCGCGCUUCUACGAGGACAACGGGCAGCUGGACGAUGCCCGUGCCAUCCUGACCCGUGCCACGCGGGUUCGGUUCCGGCGGGUGGAGGACCUGGCUGCCAUCUGGUGUGAGUUUGGGGAGAUGGAGCUGAGGCACCACAACUACAGCCAGGCCCUGGGCGUGCUGAGGAAAGCCACGGCACUCCCUGCCCGUCGGGCCGAGUACUUCGACGCUUCGGAGCCUGUGCAGAACCGGCUCUACAAGAGCCUCAAGGUCUGGUCCAUGUUGGCCGACCUGGAGGAGAGUUUGGGCACCUUCCAGUCCACCAAGGCUGUGUAUGACCGCAUCCUGGACCUGCGCAUCGCCACCCCCCAGAUCGUCAUCAACUACGCGCUGUUCCUGGAGGAGCACGGGUACUUCGAGGAGAGCUUCAAGGAACUGGGUGACGAUGCCGCCCGGGAGCUGUGCCUGCGCUUCGCGGACAUGGAGGCGCGGCUGGGGGAGGUGGAUCGAGCCCGAGCCAUUUACACCUACUGCUCCCAGAUCUGCGACCCCCGCUGUCCCCUGUGUCCCCAGCCAUCUACCUGCUUGUCCCCUGUGUCCCCAGCCAUCUACCUGCUGUACGCGGGGCUCGAGGAGCGCUUCGGCCUGGCCCGUCACGCCAUGGGGGUUUACGAACGGGCCACCCGGGGGGUCCCCCCCGAGCAGCGAGGGGACAUGUUCAACAUCUACAUCAAACGCGCCGCCGAGCUCUACGGGGUCACGCACACCCGGCCCAUCUACCAGAAGGCCAUCGAGAUCACUGGCACCUUCUGGCAGACCUGGAAGGACUUUGAGAUCCGCCACGGGAACGAGGACACGAUCCGGGAGAUGCUGCGGAUCAAGCGCAGCGUCCAGGCCACCUACAACACCCAGGUCAACUUCAUGGCCUCCCAGAUGCUCAAGGUCUACAGCAACGCCACAGGCACUGUCUCAGACCUGGCACCAGGGCAGAGUGGCCUGGAUGACAUGAAGCUGCUGGAGCAGCGCGCGGAGGCGCUGGCGGCCGAGGCCCAGCGGGACCAGCCCCCCAGCAAGGGCAAGGUGCUCUUCGUCAG